UAGACCGUUCCGAUCUUAUAAUUACCAAGUAAGUAUAAAUACAUUGUCUUCCGAGACAGGAGCAGUAUUUUUCGACUCGGCUACCAUGAAACAACUCAUUUCAACACUUUUAAUAUGCUUUCUGAUACAAAUCGAAGCGUUCCGCGCCCCUUGGGACCCCGCCCUCCCCGAAGUCUCCAACUUCGUUCCAGUCAAAGGCCAGCCUCUCAUGCUUCCCGCAAACUACACCAAAGUCCAGCUUCGAGCACUUACAGGGAUUCUCUUCGUAGACACCUUCACUAAACUGUUCAACGUUGACGAAAUCCGGAUCUUCCAAAGCAACGUCAAAGGUAUCGAAGCAGGCGCUUUGUGCACUCCUCCCAACCUCAAAGUCCUCGAACUGGACUUCAGCAACAACCAGAAUCCUCCAGUCAUCAAAAAGAGCACUUUUGCCAACUGUGGCAACAAUCUCGAGUCGCUCACAGUGGCCUUCAACGAGAUUUACAGACCAAGGCUUAGUGAAGACACCUUUUACAACCUGUAUAACCUCAGAGAGCUGGUUUUGAGGAACCAGAACAUCGACCACUUGACCAAGAGAUGGUUCAACAACAUGAAGUGGUUGCAAGUGUUGGUUUUGGAAAACUGUCGGAUUCAGCAAAUUGACCCGAACGUUUUGGAACCGCUGAAUAAUUUGAGACGACUGGAAAUUACCCACAAUCGGGGAUUAACCUAUUUGCCGCGGAAUCUCUUCAAGUACACCCCUGUUUUGGAGAUUUUGCUUCUGGUGGCCAAUAGGAUCACGGAUAUUACAUGGAAUGAGUUCGAAGGGUUGAAUCGGUUGAAAGAGUUGAGUCUUGCAGCCAAUAGAAUCGAUUAUUUUGAUGCCACGAAGGUGGCAAGGUUUAUGCCCAACCUGAAGAAGCUUUUCAUUGAACAGAAUAUGGGAUCCUGUAGGAAGAAGCUGGAUUUCAAGGACAAAUUGCAAGCCAAGAUGGAUCACCCUAUACAUGUGCAAUACACCCUCGAUCCUGGAUCUUACGACGAUUGCAAACAUUUCGACGACUGAAGCGUUAAUACAAUUAUUGUCACAAAAUAAUUUAAUAAAAAAAUUUGAAAAUGA